AUGGGCGGCCAAGAUCUACUGCCUCGCUCUGAGUACGAGGAUAAGCCCUCGUCAGCGUCAGCCCCAAAUUCGCGACUCAACAGGGACAAGAUCAAAUGUCUCGACGGUCUGCGAGGUAUCGCCUGUCUCCUCGUGUUCAACUAUCAUUUUUUCUGGCCAUGGACGCCUGUUAUUAUGCUCGGUUAUGGCGCGUUUCCUCCACGUGCGCCCGAGCCGUACUGGGGCUGGCAAUCGCUCCCCAUCAUCUGUCUUUUGCAUCGUGGACGUGCUAUGGUCGCUAUUUUCUUCGCCAUCUCCGGAUAUGUUAUUUGUCGCCAUAUUCUACGCCUCAUUCAUGAGCGCAAGAUUGACUCUGCCUAUCAGAAGCUUGCAUCUUCAGUCUUCAGACGUAUCUUUCGCCUCUACAUUCCCCCCACUAUCAGCAUGUUCCUGGUGGCUGUGCUAGCGCAGAUUGGUGUCUUCAAGUCUGAGUUCUCCAUUUACAAGGGCCCCGACUCGCACUACAUCAAUGCGACCAUCACUCACGCCGAUUUGGCUGAGAGCAACAUCUGUGUUAAUGGCACCGCUGUGAAGGGCGCAGCAGGCAUUGCGAACUAUCUUGGUAUUGAAACUACCGCAUACCUCCGCAACACUACCGGCUACCCGCUGGGGAACACCACUGAAUGGACCGACCAGCUGCUUUGUGUUAACCACACGACACGAUCUUAUGGACCAUCCCAGCUCUACACGUUGGAAUCUGAGUAUGAGGCUCAAUUCCCUGCAAAUGACACCAACAUCACCGUCAUCAUCAAGCCAACAAAGCACAUGUCCACCAUGGAACGACUGGCAUCACUCAGUUAUUAUGACGACGAAGACCUGGACUUGUCUCUCAAUGCCACCAAUGCUACAAACCCUCUCAACCUUACGUGGGUUCAGAUGGGCGGAUCAUGGGAAGAGCACCCAUUCAUUCAUCCCAACUUGACAUACGCCAUGAAGAAUUUCACUCGAUCUUACGCUGAAUGGGCCAAUCCAUUCAACUUUGGCCACUACCAUACACGUUACGAUCCUCACACUUUCACGAUCCCAAUGGAAUUCCGUGGUUCCAUGCUCAUCUACAUCUUCCUUCUCGGAACAGCCUUCAUGAAGGCCAAGUGGCGAGCGAGGAUCGGCAGUUUCCUCUCUGUGUACAGUUUGAUCAUUGGACGAUGGGACAUGGCCACGUUCAUGGGCGGCAUGCUGCUUUCGGAGCAUGAUAUUCGACGAUCAUCCGAUCUGCCACCUUCAGCUGCUGGAGCCAAAGGACGUGGAAGAGACUUCCAACGAACGACCAGGGGAACCGUGUUGAGAUGGGCCGGUAUCAUCUUAGCGCUCUACUUCCUUUCAUACCCCGACGCCGGCGCCGAAUACACUCCCGGCUUUGCAUAUCUUUCAACCUGGGUGCCACGGUACUACAUCCCACUUUCCGGCUGGAUGUUUUACCAGGCGAUGGGUGCGGUUCUUCUCGUUGCUUGCAUCUUGCGCAGUCCGGCACUUGUUCGCCUGCUCGAGAGUCGCUUCCCGCAGUACUUGGGCAAGGUUAGUUUCUCACUGUAUCUUGUGCAUGGGCCUGUGCUACACAGUCUCGGGUUCUGGAUAAUGCCCCGGUUAUUUGAUAGCUUUGGAAAGAUGGGCGGUUAUGCGGUCGGCUGGGUUAUUCUCAUGGCUGUCACGUUUUAUCUGACAAACCUAUGGAACAACAGGGUCGAUGUUUGGAGUGUAACAGUUGGAAGGAGGGUUGAGAAGAUGCUUGCAGAGGACUAA